AUGACCCAAGACCAGUGUCCUCAUAGGAACAAUGUCCAGAGCACAGAGAAACCGUAUGUGUACAAAGUGGGCAUCUACGGCUGGAGGAAACGUUGCCUGUACUUCUUCGUCCUCCUGCUCAUGAUCCUCAUCCUCGUCAACCUCGCCCUCACCAUCUGGAUCCUCAAGGUCAUGAACUUCACCAUCGAUGGCAUGGGAAACUUAAGAAUAACGGAGAAGGGUCUGAAACUGGAGGGAGACUCAGAAUUCCUGAAGCCUCUAUACGCCAAAGAAAUCCAGUCCAGACCAGGAAGUCCUCUGUAUCUGCAGUCCUCCAGAAACGUCUCUGUUAACAUCCUGAACGGGUCCAACCUAGUUUCCCAACUGGUAGCAGGCUCUCAUGGAGUUCACACGCGGGGCAAAAUGCUGGAGGUGAAAUCCAGCAGAGGGAAGCUCCUGUUCUCCGCUAACGAGCAGGAGGUGGUGGUUGGUGCAGAGAGGUUACGCGUUAUGGGCGCAGAGGGAGCAGUGUUCAGCAGCUCCGUGGAGACUCCGCACGUCAGAGCAGAGCCCUUCAAGGAACUGAGGCUGGAAUCCCCCACGCGUGCCCUCUUCAUGGAGGCUCCUAAGGGGGUGCACAUCCUCGCAGAAGCUGGAGACAUCCAAGCUACAUGUCGAAGUGACCUGCGUCUGAAGUCAAACGACGGAGAGAUCACUCUGGAUGCCAAGACAAUCAAGCUUCUGCGACUGCCGGAGGGGAAAGCCUCCCCAACAGGGACAAGACAACCAGUGUUUGAGAUCUGUGUGUGCCCCAAUGGGAAACUCUUCUUAUCCCAGGCCGGAACAGGUUCUACCUGUCAGGUCAGCAACAACGUCUGCCUCUAAAAGACACGCAACCAAACACUCGCACA